AAUGCACGUAAGAAGCCCGGAGCUGCCAGGACCGUGUGGCACGCUCGGAGCGCGCAAAGUCGCGCAAAAGCAAAAAGAUAAACGCCGAGGGGCCCAGGGACCGGCUGGCUGGGGCACAGAGUCAGCGCGGCCCCGGAGCGCCUUUCGUUUUAAGGAGCCUUACUUCUGGGAAGGGACAGGGAACUGUCAAUCAGCGAGGGAGGGAGCGCACCAGCGCUGGGUGAUGUCAGCGGAUCAGCUGCUCGAUAACAAAGAGGGGGUAUCACAGGAGAAAGUUGCAGCGGUGGCGGCCACCGCGGCACCCCAGAGCCUCGGAGGCCAGGGGCAAGUGGGCGAAGGGAGGGGGGACGGCUGCUGCGGCAGCAGCUGAAGGCCGAGGAAUUGAAAGGGCUGUAGGGGGAGGCAGUGCGAGCCAGCCCCGACUGCUCCUCCUCUUCCUCCUCCUCCUCCAAACUCGCAGGGCUCAGCCCCAGCGCUCGCUCAGCCGCCGGGAGCACCCGGAGGGACGGGAGGCAGCCGCGCGGCCCCGAGCUGGGCAGGGUCCCCGGCCGCCAUGGAUAGCGACGACGAGAUGGUGGAGGAGGCAGUGGAAGGACACCUGGAUGACGAUGGAUUGCCGCAUGGGUUCUGCACAGUCACCUACUCCUCCACCGACAGAUUUGAGGGCAACUUUGUUCAUGGAGAAAAGAAUGGACGUGGGAAGUUCUUCUUCUUUGAUGGCAGCACCCUGGAGGGGUACUACGUGGACGACGCCCUGCAGGGCCAGGGCGUCUACACUUACGAGGACGGCGGCGUUCUCCAGGGCACCUACGUGGACGGAGAGCUGAACGGCCCAGCGCAGGAGUACGACACGGAUGGGCGCCUGAUCUUCAAGGGGCAGUACAAAGACAACAUUCGCCACGGAGUGUGCUGGAUCUACUACCCAGACGGAGGCAGCCUUGUAGGGGAUGUCAACGAGGAUGGGGAGAUGACUGGAGAGAAGAUAGCCUAUGUGUACCCUGACGAGAGGACUGCGCUUUAUGGGAAAUUCAUUGAUGGAGAGAUGAUCGAAGGAAAACUGGCCACGCUCAUGGCCACUGAAGAAGGGAAGCCUCACUUUGAACUGAUGCCUGGAAGCUCCGUGUACCACUUUGAUAAAUCGACUUCAUCUUGCAUUUCAACCAAUGCUCUCCUUCCAGAUCCUUAUGAAUCGGACAGGGUUUAUGUUGCUGAGUCUCUCAUUUCCAGUGCCGGAGAAGGACUAUUUUCCAAGGUAGCAGUGGGACCGAAUACUGUUAUGUCUUUUUAUAAUGGAGUCCGAAUCACACACCAAGAGGUCGACAGCAGGGACUGGGCCCUUAAUGGAAACACCCUCUCCCUCGAUGAGGACACAGUCAUUGAUGUGCCUGAACCCUACAACCACGUAUCCAAGUACUGUGCCUCCUUGGGACACAAGGCGAACCACUCCUUCACUCCAAACUGCAUCUACGAUAUGUUUGUCCACCCCCGCUUCGGGCCCAUCAAAUGCAUCCGCACCCUGCGAGCAGUGGAGGCCGACGAGGAGCUCACGGUUGCCUACGGCUAUGACCACAGCCCUCCUGGAAAGAGCGGGCCUGAAGCCCCCGAGUGGUACCAGGUGGAGCUGAAGGCCUUCCAGGCCACCCAGCAAAAGUGAAAGGCCUGGCUCCGGAGUCCAGAGACCUGGAAUAGAAACUUGGAUCUAUGCACUACGUUUAUCCAACAAUGGGACAACCAGGGACUGCUCAUGCUGUGACAUCACAUCCUCUCACCCUGCGUUAGCAACGACUUUCUCGCAUACUAACUAGGUUUGACUGUAUUACUCAUACCAGAUUUAAAAUUAGCUAGCCUUGCAACAACGUCUUACUGAGAGGUCUUGCCGAGCGCUGACACAGACAGCACCAUGUACUUUGGUGGUUCAAGUCUAAAUCUGUACCACGUUCAGAGAUGCCAAAUGAUUAGACUGAAAAAGGGAAAGGGGUUUUUUUUUCAGUCAUUUUUUUUGUCGGGGGUUUUCCAUGAUGUUUUUCCUACGGCCAAAGCAGACUGUGUCGUUGCACUUGUCUUUGUGCCGUGCUGGAGUAGAGAACGACGACAUCUUUAUUCUCUCAAUGUAGGAUAAUUUGCCUUUUAACCUUUGAUCUGUAUCUUGCAAUAGAAUGGCUUUGUUUUUUUUUUCCUAGUGAACAGAAGCCCACUUGAGUUACUCUUCUCAUUUCCUAUCGUAGAUGCCCUUCACAGGAGAAACUUCCACAUGGAUUCUGCAUCCGUGGCAAUGUGUACGUCUCUCUGGUUCUUUCUAUAUCAUUAUUUCAUUAUUAUGUCCUAAUAUAAGUACUGGCUCCUAAGGCCAGGAUAUUACUAUAGAAUUAUUAUUCUCGCAUGUAAACAAAGAUAUCUUUGCUUUCAGAUGUGAGAAGAAAUGAAUUUGCUUUGUUUGCA